AUGAUAGUGAUAAGUUUUAGUUAUAAUAAGCUGAAGCAUUAUACAGAAAUGAGUAAUGGGUCAGUGGCUGACAAUCUUCAAGUGAUUUUGCAAAGGAUUUCAAAUGCAGCCAAGAAAGCAGAGCAAACCCCUUACUGGCGUGGACAGAAGCCUUCAUUGUUGGCUGUUUCUAAGAUGAUAUCUCCGGCACUUAUACAGUGCUGUUACGAUGCAGGACAAAGAAAAUUUGGUGAAAACUAUAUUCAGGAGCUUGCCGACAAGGCAAAUUUGUUGAAGUCCACUUGUCCUAAUAUAUGCUGGCAUUUUAUCGGUACGAUUCAAUCAAACAAAAUUGCUAAGUUGGUCGAAGUUGAUAGCUUGAGUUGUGUGGAAACGAUCAGUUCUAGAAAACAUUGUACUAUGUUAGAACAAGCUGUCGCAAAAACUGGUCGGAAAUUGAGUGUUUUAGUACAAGUCAACACAAGUAAUGAAGAACAAAAAGGAGGAACAUCGCCAGAAAUGGCAAUGGACUUAGCAGAUUUUAUUCGAGUAAAUUGUCCGUCACUUAAGUUUUCUGGCUUUAUGACUAUAGGUUCUUUGUCAAACAGUACAUCAGACACCUAUAACAAAGAUUUUACAAAACUUUUCGAUACCCGAAAAAUGCAAAGUUCAAGAAUUUUCAUGUUGUUUGACUUAAUAUGUUAUAGGUUUUGCCAACGUAUAAGUGAAAAUGAAGAAUCUUUUGAACUUUCGAUGGGGAUGUCACAAGAUUAUGAAACAGCUAUAAUGCAGGGUAGUACAUGUGUCCGUAUUGGAAGCGCUCUUUUCGGGCCGCGUUUAGUAAAAGAACAUUAA